UUUUGCGUUGUAUGCGCGCGCAUUGUGUUACUGUUGCUUUAAGAGCGCCAAUGACGAAACCAAAAGAAAACCUCAAGGAGGAAGCAGGAAGUCCCCCUUCUGAGACGGGGAGCCUCGGCACAUAAACAAAGCCCACAAAACAGAACACAACUCCUCCGAGACAGUUUUAGUCUUUUAUUUUAAGCAUGGCCGGAAUUAAAGCAUUGGUUGGCUUGUCAUUCAGCGGUGCCAUUGGACUGACGUUUCUCCUGCUCGGCUGUGCGCUGGAACAGUACGGGGUAUACUGGCCGCUGUUUGUCCUGAUUUUCUACGUGCUGAGCCCAAUCCCGACCUUCAUAUCCAGACGCCUCAGUGACAGCACAGAAUCCAGCAGCGCGUGCAGAGAGCUGGCCUACUUCAUAACAACUGGCAUUGUGGUGUCGGCGUUUGGGCUCCCCAUCAUCCUGGCUCGGAAAAGCACGAUCCAGUGGGGCGCCUGCGGUCUGGUGAUGACGGGGAACGCUGUCAUCUUUCUCACCAUCCUCGGCUUUUUCGUCGUCUUUGGAAGUGGCGACGACUUCAGCUGGGAGCAGUGGUAGACCGUUUUUGGGAGGUGUGCAGAUAAAGUUUCUGGGUAGGUAGCUAGAUGUCUUGGGGAGCUCGUUUGUCCCUCACUCAAAGGGUGAUGCAUCAACAGCAAAACUUUCAACUAAACGUACGUAUUAUCAGGCGGACUUCUUUGUUUUUUGUUGAGGGAUAUUAGGCACAUGUGCCUUAUUUAUGUGCCUUUAUAUGUGAGACCAAGUGGACAGUGAUGCCUUCACUCAUGCACCCUUAAGUAACCCUUCAGGUUUAGUCUUUUGCCUUAACUUGUUCCCCUAAAGAACCCCUUUGCCCCACCUUUUCUAUUAUAUAAUAUUAUCUGUAAGUUAAUCAACAACAUAAAGAAUUGUAAAAGCACACUGAAAAGCUUACUGCACUAUUUCCUCUUUUUCAACCGAGAAGUGGCCUUACAGUUGUCAUCCUUUCAGAAUAACAAGUGACUAUAAUUCAAGGGAUGUGACAGUUCAACGCAGUAAUCGAUUUGAGGGUUUGUUUUCAUGUGUUUGUUUUUUGCAAGCUUUGCUUCUCAUCUCGGUGCAUCUGUUUACCUCUUCACCAAAGACCAUGUCGAAUAUGCGUUUGAGCUUGUAGGCUGUGAUUUGAUCUUUGCAGUCAAAUGCUCAGUUUAAACGGGAAAAGUUGCCUCAAGUAAAGCCUUUAAAUUGAGACAAAGUAGUAGCCAAUAGAUAGAUUGUGUACAUUUGCUUUUAGCUGAAUGCAUGUCAUAGACAAUUUUUUGUUGCUUUCUAGUUAAUAUUUAAGGAUAACAGCAAUCUGUAACUGUAAAGGAAAAUCACAACUUUGUACCUUUUUUUUGUCAUUGAUGAUUUCUGGGAGUUGCCCCUCAUCGCAUUGCCUAAAAGAAAAAACAUUGCUUACUGUCUUGUACAAUUCAAAAUUUAUGUUUAGCUUUAUUCUGCUUUAUUUGGGAAAUGCAUAUGUAUGUUCUAUGCAUACAACUGACACAUUGAAUACACUCUCCAGGAUGAAUGUCUGCUAUCUCUGUUGUGACUCCAGUGCCUACACUACAACUGCCUGAGGAGAAAAAUAUAUUUUUUAAAGCUUAUGGCUGCAUUUGUUUUCUAACAUUGAUUAAAGCUGUUUAGCAAAUGUA